CCGAUGAGCAAAUGGCCGAACCCGACCUCACGUCCUCUAUGAAGAAGAAACGCUCCUACUCCAAGUGCAGAGACUGCAUAGCACGGGUGCAGAGAUUCCUUGUGACCAGGCUGGGAGAGGACUGGAUCUUUCUGGUUCUGCUGGGCAUCACAAUGGCACUGGUUAGCUGGACAAUGGACUAUGCCAGCGCAAAGAGCCUGCAAGGUUCUGGUAUCCCAGAGCUGAAGACCAUCCUGAGAGGUGUGGUGCUGAAGGAAUAUUUGACUCUUAAGGCCUUUGUUGCUAAAGUCAUCGGUCUGACUGCAGCCCUCGGUAGCGGCAUGCCUGUAGGCAAAGAGGGCCCGUUUGUUCACAUUGCCAGUAUCUGUGCAGCAGUUCUCAGCAGGUUCAUGUCCUUCUUUUCAGGAGCUUAUCAGAAUCCAUACUGUUAUACAGACAUCCUGACAGUGGGCUGUGCUGUUGGGGUGGGCUGCUGCUUUGGUACUCCACUUGGAGGUGUGCUCUUCAGUAUAGAGGUAACAUCCACAUACUUUGCUGUGAGAAACUACUGGAGAGGAUACUUUGCUGCUACAUUUAGUGCCUUCAUAUUUCGAGUGCUGUCCGUGUUUAACAAAGAUGCAGUAACCAUCACUGCUCUGUUCAGGACAAACUUUCGUAUGGAUUUCCCUUUUGACCUCCAAGAGCUCCCAGCAUUCGCUAUCAUUGGGAUCUCCUGUGGGUUUCUAGGGGCGUUCUUCGUCUAUCUCAACAGACAGGUGGUGCUUUUCAUGAGACGACCCAAUGCCAUGACCCGCUUCUUGACCAAACACCGGCUGAUCUUUCCUGCUGUGGUAACGCUUGUCAUCGCCACCUUGACCUUCCCACCUGGCUUCGGACAGUUCAUGGCAGGAGAGCUGAUGCCCAGAGAGUGCAUCAACUCCCUGUUUGACAACUUCACGUGGACGAAGAUUUCGGGAUCUUCUCCUCCUCCAGUCGGUCUGGGCCGCUCCACCGCCUGGCUGCACCCCGAUGUCAGCGUCUUCGUCAUCCUGCUGCUCUUCUUACUCAUGAAGUUCUGGAUGUCUGCAGUGGCCACCACCAUGCCCAUUCCAUCCGGGGCCUUCAUGCCUGUCUUCAUACUCGGUGCUGCUUUCGGCAGGCUGGUUGGGGAGAUCAUGGCCACCCUGUUUCCUCACGGGAUCGUGUUCGAUGGCAUCCUCUACCGCAUCAUCCCCGGAGGGUACGCAGUCAUUGGAGCGGCAGCAUUAACCGGGGCUGUGACUCACACCGUGUCCACAGCGGUUAUCUGCUUCGAGCUGACAGGCCAGAUCUCCCACAUCCUGCCCAUGAUGGUGGCAGUAAUCCUGGCCAACAUGGUGGCCCAGGGCCUGCAACCCUCCCUGUACGACUCCAUCAUCCAGGUCAAGAAGCUCCCGUACCUGCCGGAGCUCGGCUUCGGACACAUUAGUCAAUACAACAUAUUUGUGGAAGACAUCAUGGUGAGAAAGGUGAACUUCAUAUCCUCCGAGUCCACAUAUCGAGAGGUCAAACUCCUGCUGGACUCUUCCUCACUCAAAUCAAUCCCCCUGGUCGACUCAAAAGAUUCCAUGAUCCUACUGGGCAGCGUUGACAGGUUGGAGCUUCUGGCACUCUGUGAUUGGUGGCUGUCGCCAGAGAGAAGGCUGCUGACGCAGGGUCGCAGCCUACAGGAGCAGAACCUGUCUCUCAAACACAGCUGGGAGUCCUUCGCCUUCGUAGACGAGGAGGAAGAAGAGGAUGGAGAAAAGGGUAGUCCGGUGCAGGAGGAGAGGAAUGGCCCCCUGCCUCCUCCAAAACCCCAGGAGCCUUCUUCAAACCACACUGCUCCUGUUCCUGAAAAGGGUCCUCUGCAGUCCGUGAGGAAAACACUCAGAAAUCUCUUCACCUCUAAGAGCAGACAGACAGAGGGGCAGUCACAGGAACCUUGUCCUCCUCCGCUGUCAGACACAAUGACACCAGACGAGAUCAACGCGUGGGAAGAGGCAGAGAUGGACAAGCCGAUGGAAAUCGAUGAGAUUCGAGUAGACCCUUCCCCUUUCCAGCUGGUGGAGAGAACAUCAUUACACAAGACCCACACGUUAUUCUCGCUGCUCGGCCUCAGCCACGCUUAUGUGACCAGUAUCGGCAAACUGGUGGGAGUGGUGGCACUGAAAGAGGUGAGCACCAUGUUCUGA